CACUGAGGAGAGAGGAUGGGCAGCGGGAUGGGCGCGUACGGCGGCGCGGUGCGGCCGGUGGAGAGCGCGGCGGGGGAGACGAUGCUCCUCUGGGGCCUCGGCCAGCCCACGGCGCACCGCAACAACGCCUUGGUCCGCCAGGCCGCGCACUCCUUCGAGCUCGACGCCUGCGGGCGGCGCCUCUCCCUGCUGCAGUCCCCCUCCUCCAUGGCCACCCCGGGGGUCACCGGGGCGGUCGUCUGGGACAGCGGCGUCGUGCUCGCCAAGUUUCUCGAGCACGCCGUCGACUCCCAGCAGCUGCUGAUGCGCGACGCGCGAGCCGUCGACCUCGGAUCCGGAUGCGGCCUGGUGGGGUGCGUCGCCGCGCUGCUGGGAGCCCAUGUGGUCCUCACCGACCUCCCCGACCGCCUCAAGCUGCUCAGGAAGAACGUCAGCCUCAACGUCGACGACCCCCACGUCCCGGGCUCCGCUCGGGUCACGGAGCUUGUAUGGGGCGAUGAUCCUCACCAUGAAUUGGUUCGGGAGCCACUGCCCAAUUUCGUGCUCGGCUCCGACGUCAUCUACAACGAGGAAGCGGUGGAUGAUCUGCUGCUCACCCUCAACCAACUCUCAGGACAACACACCACAAUACUACUAGCUGGAGAGCUCCGCAACGAUGCUGUGCUGGAGUGCUUCUUGGAGGCAGCAAUGGAGGACUUCCUCAUUGCCUGCAUCGAGCAGGACCAAUGGCACCCUGAAUUCCGCAGCAACCGGGUAGCCUUGUUUAUCUUGGUCAAGAAACCAAAGCGAUCUAGCACAGACUAGUCAUCUACUACUCUCCUUGCUGUAGAAGAAGUAUAGGAGGCAUCCACGUCUAUCCUUUCCAAUGAUGAUGUUGUGAUAGCCAAGGUUCUAGCACUGGCCUAAGCCACAGCAUUAGUUUGAUUGUUCACUAGCCUUCAGCUUAGUAUGUGAAGUUUGUAUACGAGUGAAGAGAGGCUUGAUAACAGAAGCUGCAGAUGCACACUGUAACAAUCUGGUAAUGGCAAAACAUAGGCCAAUGUUUUAGGCUGUUAGUCCAUCAAAAUAGCAUUGAGAAUUUUUCUUAGAAAGAUUGUGUACAAUGUACUACUCAAAUGAGUUUUGGAUCAAAUUUGAAUAUGGAAUCAGAAUUCAGAAACUUAUGACAGUA